UACUACAGACAGUUUAAAAUAGAUUUAUAUAGCAAUGGCACUACGACAACUACCUGAUUGUUUACAAAAAACUGCAAUCGAAGAAUUGAAUGAAGUACCAGAAAGAAUUUCUGCAGAUAUAGAAGCUUUAAAAACAUGGAUACAACAACAACCACAUCUAACCGCUCGUACUGAUGACCAAUUUUUGAUUGCUUUUCUUCGCGGAUGUAAAUAUAGUUUGGAAAAGACCAAAUCAAAAAUAGAUAAAUUCUACACAUUACGGACACAAGUUCCAGAGUUGUUUGGUGUGAAAAAUUUAGAUAUGGACAAAAUUAUAAAAAUGUUAAAAUUAGGCGUUAUAUUAUACUUGCCAAUACCAUUGAAUGAUAAUGGACCACGUAUAGGUAUAAUGCGAAUGGGAGCAUAUUCUCCGGAUGAAUACAAUAUAUUUGAGUUGUCACGUGUAGGACAAUUAUUACAAGAAAUUUCCCUACUUGAAGACGAUUAUGCAAAUAUAAAUGGUGUAGUGCAUAUAAUGGAUUUAGCAAAUGUAACUAAAGGUCACUUAUUUCAAAUGGUUCCAGGAACAAUGAAGAAAAUGACUGUAUGGUCAGAACAAGCAAUGCCACUACGACCAAAAGCAAACCACUUUGUUAAUACACCAACAGGAUUUGAUGUUGUGUUUAACAUGAUAAAACCAAUGAUGUCAGAGAAGCAGCAAAAUAGGCUUUAUGUUCAUGGUUAUAAUAUGGAUUCUCUGCAUGCACAAAUACCAAAGAAAUAUUUACCCAAGGAAUAUGGUGGAGAAAAUGGAUCGUUACAAGACGUUAUUGAUAGUUGGGUACAGCGUUUCGAAUCAUAUCGAGAUUACUAUAUCGAAGAGAAAAAAUAUGGCACUGAUGAGAAGUUACGACCAGGCAAACCUAUAGAUUUUGAAGGUCUUUUAGGAAUCGAUGGAUCCUUUAGAAAAUUAAAUGUUGACUAA